AUGCCUUCUACGAUCUUGCUCCAGAAUGCGACCAUUCUCGUCCCGUCCGGGGAUGAUGUCGUACCACUCCGCAAGCACUCUCUAUUGAUUGAGGGGAACAAGAUAGCGCAGAUCUCGUCGCAUAUUGCGCCUCCAUCGGCUGAAACUCAGGUGAUUGACUGUACAGGCAAGAUUGUGUCGCCUGGGUUUAUUGAUACGCACCAUCAUCUGUGGCAGACGCAGCUGAAGGGGCGUCAUGCCGACCAUACUUUGAUAGAGUAUAUGCCAACUGGAAACCUUCAACAAAUCAACUAUUCGCCCGAGGAUAUCUUCUGGGGUCAGCUAGCAGGCUGUCUGGAGGCCUUGGAUGCCGGCACCACAACUGUGGUAGAUCAUGCUCAUAUGAAUGUUACAGCCGCUCAUUCCUUGCAUGGCCUCCAAGCCACGAUCUCAUCCGGAAUUAGAUCAAUUUUCUGCUACACUCCCACUCACACCGUCAAGUCAUGGAAGCCGGAGAUAGUACCUGGCGGAAAUUUCCUAGAUGACUGGGUGCUAAAGCAGCUGAGUGAUCUCGCUACAGCAGCUCCAUACGGAGACGGCAGAGUCGAAAUAGGGUUGGGCUUCGAUGGGCUCAUGCUUCCCAAAGAUGUUGUGGUAUCGCUUUACGACAGAGCCCGCAAGGCGGGCACGAAGGUUAUAACUACGCACUACGUCCGGGGUCACUUCAGUGACGAUUCACUUGUUGAUCUCCUUGAUAGCUAUGGUCUGCUCGGACCGGAUAUCAUCCUUUCCCACGCAACACAUCUCACAUCAAGCGACGUCGAGAAGCUGUCCAAGGCAAAGUCAUGGAUCUCAUCUACCCCAGGCUCGGAACUGCAGAUGGCACAUGGAUACCCAGUCUGCUUUCAGGAUGGAUGUAGUAAGAUAAGUUCCCUGGGGAUCGACUGUCAUAGCAGCACCUCUAGCGACAUCGUGACAGCUAUGCGUCUAGGGUUGCAAGCCGAACGGGCUCGUCGGAACGAAGAGGUCAUUGCCAGUGGAAAGACACCCCGCUCGUUGGAUCUUUCAGUACAGGAUGUCUUCCGCCUGGCAACCAUUCAGGGCGCCCGUACUUUACAUAUGGAGGACAAGUUGGGCUCUAUCAAAGUGGGAAAGCUAGCCGAUCUAGUCAUUUUCGAUGGAACCAGCCCGGGGAUGAUAUGCGCGAGUGAGCAGGACCCAGUCGCAGCUAUCGUCUUCCACUCUUCAAUACGUGACGUUGAAACCGUCAUUGUCGAUGGACAGGUGCGCAAGAAGCACGGUAGAUUGACACCUGUGGAAAUAGGCCCGUCGUUUCCGGAGGUCCAUAUACCGAAGCAAACGGUGGAAUGGGGCCAAGUUGCGCAGAAAUUGGUUGCCAGUCGGCAAAGCAUCGAGGACGCCAGGGUGAAGUCUGGUGCCACUGACUUGGACUCCUUGGUUUCUGCAUCAUUGAAGCUCUUUCACGCGGAUCUGGCACGGUUUGAAUGA